UAGAGCAUUCAGAUUUAAGGAGAACUACAAGUGGCAGCUGAUGAUCCGCUUCCUAACAUACUAAUGAUAAAACACUCAGACGACCUGCUGGAGUUGCCCUAACAUGCUUCAUAAAGCAAUUUGCUUGUACUGACCUUAUUAAGAAGACGUGGCUGUGUCUCUGCAAUAUCCUAUCUUAAUUACAGCCUUUUAUUCUAGUGAAGACUUAAAGCAACUAGCACCAGUUAUAUAUCAUAGCAGUGUGAUUGUACAGUCCGAAUUUGAUCUUUUUUGAAUCAAAUAUCACGGCCACUAUUGCUGCUUGUUGAAUCUUUUCCUCCUUUUUCUUGCUCUUGGACCCAGUUCUCAUGCAUGCACUCAUCACCUCUCUGUCCUCUUCUCUCCCUGUGCCCGCCCUGCAGUCCUCACAUCCAAGCACACACUCCCCCACAGCUCCCCAAGAUACAGCCCCCUCUCUUAGAGACUCCCUCCCUGGUGUUCGCCCCAGUGGACCCCACCUCAGGUCCCAAGCUGGUCAAAUGUGAGCGGUGGCCUCUCCUGGGGCGCCGUGACCCCCGGGAGCCCCCAGACCGCUUUGAUUAUGAGGGCAUGUCCCCCGACUUGGAGAACGAUGACAUGUUCGCCAGGCGGACCCUGGCCUUCCAGUCCAACAUGGACCUGGCAUUGAUGAAGACUCAGCUGUCAGGCAAACGCCGUCUCUAUACAUCUGAGCCGCAACUCAAUAUUAUCACCCAGCGUCACGGCCGCGGCGACGCCGAGGAGGGCGAGUACCCCGACAUCGAGCAGGACGACGUGGUGUACCGCAAGGAGAAAACCGAGCAGACUCAGCGACAGCGGCCGCUCUCAGGAGCCCCUGACAACUAUGCCCCCAUGCCCAUCCCGGAGCCGUGGGCUCUGCCUCCUGACCUCAAAGCCAGACUCCUCUGCCCCCCAUGUCCUCUGACCCAGAGAGAAACAACAAGUAAAGCGAAUCAGGUUGAGAAAGAGCUGCUUAGAACGGAUGACAUGCUGGUCCGCAAGCUCGCAGCGUGUUCCGACCAGAGCCCGAGUUCACUUGGAGGCCCUUCAGCCAAUCAGGUGACGCCCUCGGUGCCUUCUUCCUGUAGCGAGGGUGACCUGCAGAGGUGGCAGGCCAUCAGGCAAGCCAGUCAGCUAAGAUACAAGAAGAGGCUCAUGGUGGAGAGACUUGCUGCUCUGAAGUUGUAGAAACAGGUCGAUGUAACCGUGCCUGGUAGCUUCUCUUUACUUUGUAGACUUCAAUUUUAUUUUACCUUACAUUUCAGUCUUGAAAUGAAAUCUUCUGUCUGAUGCCGAAUUCGCCUGGACAGCUCGUUUUUUAAGGUCUUCGCAGAAACUCUUGUUUCUGAAAACCGCGAUGUUUGCGUUCACUCGAUCAGAUCACGGCGAAGCAACUGUGGUGAAAUUCACAAUUGUGACCCUGAACUUUUUCCUGUUUUAAAUGUUUGUUGUUACCGCAGAACUGAAAUGCAUUGUGGUUUUCUGUUCAGUGAAUAAACACAUUGAAUGUAAAUGCAGAGUGGACGUUCGGAUUGCACAUCGAACCUACAACUGUUGUGUAUUUUGAAGUGUGAUUUAUGAGCCAAGCUGCAGGAUGAGUAUUGUUAAACAGUUAUUUUUGAUUUUCUUUUACCCCCAUCAGACCGGGUUUGCCUGUGAAUGGAAAAAAAAUAAUAUUCAUGCUUAAUAAAGAAGAGAAGAGACUU